CCACUGUUGAUCUUCCUUUUAAGUUUUUAACUACUAAAAACGCACCCUUUCGUUUUAGCUUCAGUUCAUUUCACGCUCGCUUUCUCUAUAUUUACUCGCCGUCUUUGUUGCACGCAGACACAAGCCUUAAAAGGAGCUCCCUUUUCUAUCCCUCUGUCUGAUUUUUGUUUUUCUUGAGCUCCUCCUUUUCUUUUCUCGCUUUUUCAGUCGCUCUUAAGCUCCUUUUUCUGGGUUUCUUGCGAGAUUUCGUGGCCUUGUUUGUAGUUUUUGAAAUAUUUGAGUUUUCUUUUUUUAUUUACUGUGAAGAUUCAAUGGCUAUGAUUCUUCUUCUCUUCCUCUUGGCAGUCUCUUCUGUUUCUGGCGACAAAGAUGCCUUUAUUGGUGUAAACAUUGGCACAGACCUCUCCAACAUGCCUAGCCCCACUCAAGUUGUCGCUCUUCUCAAGGCUCAGAAUAUCCAACAUGUUAGGCUCUAUGAUACUGAUCGAGCAAUGCUCAUAGCACUUGCUAACACGGGUAUUCAAGUGACAGUCUCUGUUCCCAAUGACCAGCUCCUUGGCAUUGGUCAGUCUAAUGCCACAGCAGCCAACUGGGUUGCACGGAAUGUCAUUGCCCAUGUCCCUGCCACCAACAUUACUGCUAUAGCUGUUGGAUCCGAAGUUCUAACAACUCUUUCAAAUGCUGCUCCAGUCCUAGUUUCUGCACUAAAGUUCAUCCAGUCUGCCCUUGUUGCCUCUAAUCUUGAUCGUCAAAUCAAAGUUUCUACUCCACACUCUUCUUCCAUUAUCCUGGACUCAUUCCCACCAUCCCAAGCUUUCUUUAAUCGUUCAUGGGACCCAGUUAUGGUUCCCUUGCUCAAGUUUUUGCAGUCAACAGGAUCAUAUCUCAUGCUUAAUGUUUACCCAUACUAUGAUUAUAUGCAAUCAAAUGGUAUUAUCCCAUUGGACUAUGCACUUUUCCGGCCCCUCCCUCCUAACAAGGAAGCUGUGGAUGCUAACACACUCUUGCAUUACACUAAUGUCUUUGAUGCUGUUGUUGAUGCAGCAUAUUUUGCAAUGUCCUACUUGAAUUUCACCAACAUUCCAAUUGUCGUAACCGAGUCUGGCUGGCCUUCAAAAGGUGGUUCAUCUGAACCACAGGCAACCCUUGACAAUGCAAACACUUAUAACAGUAACCUGAUUAGACAUGUGCUUAACAAUACUGGGACUCCUAAACAUCCUGGAAUUGCAGUCAGUACUUAUAUCUAUGAGCUCUACAAUGAAGAUUUGAGACCUGGGUCUGUUUCUGAGAAAAACUGGGGACUUUUCGAUUCCAAUGGUGUGCCAGUUUACACAUUGCAUUUGACAGGAGCAGGGACUGUGCUCGCAAAUGACACUACAAACCAGACUUUCUGUGUUGCUAAGCAAGGUGCUGACCUGAAGAUGUUGCAGGCAGCAUUAGAUUGGGCUUGUGGACCAGGGAAGGUGGAUUGCUCACCUCUGUUACAAGGGCAACCAUGCUAUGAACCAGACAAUGUCAUUGCACAUUCGACAUAUGCUUUCAAUGCAUAUUAUCAGAAGACAGCCAAGUCCUCUGGGACUUGUGAUUUUAAAGGGGUGGCUACCAUCACUACCACUGAUCCAAGCCAUGGAUCAUGUAUAUUUCCGGGAAGCGGUGGGAGAAAUAGUACCCUCACAAACGGCACCUCCCUAGCUCCUUCAAUUCAGUACUCAGCUGCCCUUCACAGUAUUUACGGUGAGAUUCAUUCACAGGCUCUAUGAUUACAGGCAUUCUGUUUAUAGCUGCAGUUUUCUUAUAAAAUUGCAAGAACUCUUUUGACAAACAUUGAAAUCUUAAGAAAAUUCGGCUUCUGUUUUGGGUAGAAAAUGUCGCAUACCCAGUUUUGUCCUUCUGCAGAGGAGUUAAAGAGGGUGAGAAAGUUUGAUCGAACAGGCAGCAAGCAAGUUACAAGUAGUUGUAAGGUGAGUUGAUCGGAUUUUGAACUAAAAAAUCCGUGGUGAUUUAUUUGGGAUUUGAUUAUUGUUAUUACUGUAACUAUGUUGUUAAGAUAAAUUGGUUGUAUUCUUUGAACUGGAUAUGCCAUAUGUCCAGGGUGAUGUUUUAAUUCAGUAAGUAGUUGUAUAAUUCUAAAAUACAGAGAAUCAGUCCUAAACUGAAA